AUGAAUUUCCUCUCUGUUAAUAUCCGCGGAUUGGGUAGUGACGAUAAAGGUACUUGGAUUCGUAAACUUAGAUCUUCUAAUGCAAUUGGUUUUAUCAUGCUUCAGGAGACACAAUUUGCGUCUCUUGAGGGUUUUGAUUCAGGUAGAUUCUGGGGGCAAGGAAAAUAUGAAUGUGACUGGGUUGAUGCGACUGGCAGGUCGGGUGGGUUGGUUUCUAUAUGGGAUCCGAAGAGGUUUUCGGUUUCUCGUGUGAUAAAGAACCGGUUUUUCUUAUGCAUUCGUGGUGUCUCUAACGAUGAUGGGAAGGAAUUCUCGGUGGUUAAUGUUUAUGCUCCUCAAAAACUUAGGGAUAAGCGUUUAUCAUGGGCCGAACUUGAUGGUAUCAUUGUUCAAGACAAUGCGUUUUGGGUGGUUGCCGGAGAUUUUAAUUGUGUUCGUGAUAGGACCGAAAGACGGAAUUCUAAAUUUAAUGCUUUGGUUUCUAAUAAAUUUAAUGAUUUCAUUGAUAAGGUGCAGAUGCAUGAGUUCUCUUUAAAAGGGAGGAAGUUCACUUUUGUGACUGGGAAUAAGUGCAGCCGAAUCGAUCGAAUGUUCGUGUCAUGGAAUUUUGUGAAUGAAUGGCCUAAUGCGGAAUAUCGGGCUCUUGCGAGGGAGGAAUCGGAUCAUUGCCCGUUAGUGUUAAAAAUUGAAGCUCGGAAUUUUGGACCUAAACCAUUUAGGUUCUUUAAUUCUUGGCUUCAAAGGGAAGGUCUUAGCGUCUUGGUUGAGAAGGUGUGUUCGGAGGAUUUUGGUAAUGUCUCGGCUCAGAUUGGUUUAAUGAGGAAACUUCGAUGCUUGAAGUCGAGUAUUAUAGAGUGGAAGAAGCGCUGGUCGAGUAAUGAGGCGGAGGAGGAAUAUAAUUUGAAGGCCGAGGUUCGUGAUUUAGAUGAGAUAGUCGACGAUAGGGACUUGACUGAAGCAGAGUUGUGGGUGUUUGAUGAAGCUAAGAACCGUAAUAGGGGGUUGGACGAUUUUAAAAAGAAAGAUAUUAAACAAAAAGCUCGUAUCCGAUGGGCGCGGGAGGGGGAUGAAAAAUACUAG